UCGGCAGUGGCGGCGGCUCCGCCUUCCUGUGGUCGGUGCGCGGCCUCGCGUCCCCUUCUUCCUCCUCCCCGCCCGGCUGGCCCCUCUCUCUCUGGCAGCCAUGGCGGCGGCAGCGGAGCAGGAACAGCAGCAGUUCUACCUCCUUCUCGGCAACCUGCUUAGUCCGGACAACGUCGUCCGCAAACAAGCCGAGGAAACGUAUGAGAACAUACCAGGCCAGUCUAAGAUUACGUUCCUUCUACAGGCUGUCAGAAAUACUACGGUUGCCGAAGAGGCUAGACAAAUGGCUGCUGUCCUUCUGCGGAGACUUUUGUCAGCUUCUUUUGAGGAAGUUUAUCCAACAUUACCCUCUGAAGUCCAAACUGCCAUCAAAAGUGAACUGCUUGUGAUUAUUCAGUUGGAAACACAAUCCAGUAUGAGGAGAAAAAUCUGUGAUAUUGUAGCUGAAUUGGCCAGGAAUCUAAUAGAUGAAGAUGGCAACAACCAGUGGCCAGAAGGUCUGAAAUUCUUGUUUGACUCAGUCAGCUCUCAAAAUGUGGGACUGCGUGAAGCUGCUCUACAUAUCUUUUGGAACUUUCCUGGUAUUUUUGGAAAUCAACAGCAACAUUAUUUGGAGGUCAUCAAACGAAUGUUGGUGCAAUGUAUGCAAGAUCAGGAGAAUCCAACAAUCAGGACACUGUCUGCUAGGGCUGCAGCUGCAUUUGUUCUUGCUAAUGAGCAAAAUCUUCCCCUUCUUAAACAUUUUGCAGACUUACUUCCUGGAAUUUUGCAGGCAGUCAAUGACUCGUGUUAUCAAAAUGAUGAUUCGGUCCUAAAGUCUCUUGUAGAGAUUGCAGAUACAGUUCCAAAAUAUUUACGCCCGCACUUAGAACCUACAUUACAACUGAGUUUAAAACUAUGCGCAGACACAAGUCUCAAUAACAUGCAACGUCAACUGGCCCUUGAAGUAAUAGUCACAUUAUCAGAGACUGCUGCUGCUAUGCUGAGAAGGCAUAUCAACAUUGUUGCACAAGCUAUCCCUCAGAUGUUAGCAAUGAUGGUUGAUCUAGAAGAAGAUGAAGAUUGGGCAAAUUCUGAUGAAUUGGAAGAUGAUGACUUUGACAGCAAUGCUGUUGCUGGUGAGAGUGCACUGGAUAGAAUGGCAUGUGGCCUUGGUGGAAAACUUGUCUUACCUAUGAUCAAAGAGCAUAUUAUGCAAAUGCUUCAGAAUCCUGACUGGAAAUGCAGGCAUGCUGGCUUGAUGGCUCUAUCAGCUAUUGGCGAAGGCUGCCACCAACAAAUGGAGGGAAUUUUGAAUGAAAUCGUUAACUUGGUAUUGCUUUUCCUUCAGGAUCCUCAUCCACGAGUAAGAUACGCAGCCUGUAAUGCAAUUGGCCAAAUGGCUACAGACUUUGCACCAAGCUUCCAGAAAAAAUUCCAUGAGAAGGUAAUUGCAGCUCUUCUGCAGACCAUGGAAGACCAAGGCAACCAACGUGUUCAGGCUCACGCAGCUGCUGCUCUGAUCAACUUUACUGAAGACUGUCCAAAAUCACUGCUUAUUCCAUAUUUAGAUAACUUAGUGAAGCACCUUCAUUCCACUAUGGUAUUAAAACUACAGGAGUUGAUAGAAAAAGGCACCAAGCUUGUUUUGGAACAAGUCGUUACAUCCAUUGCCUCUGUGGCUGAUACAGCAGAAGAAAAGUUCGUUCCAUACUACGAUCUAUUUAUGCCUUCUCUGAAACACAUAGUUGAAAAUGCUGUGCAAAAGGAACUUAGGCUUUUAAGAGGCAAAACUAUAGAAUGUAUCAGCUUAAUAGGCCUUGCAGUAGGAAAAGAGAAGUUUAUGCAGGAUGCAUCUGAUGUGAUGCAGCUCUUGCUGAAAACGCAGACUGACUUUAACGACUUGGAAGAUGAUGAUCCUCAGAUAUCAUAUAUGAUUUCUGCAUGGGCUAGAAUGUGCAAAAUUCUUGGAAAGGAAUUCCAACAAUAUCUUCCUGUUGUUAUGGGUCCUUUAAUGAAAACUGCAUCAAUUAAACCUGAAGUGGCCCUUCUUGACACUCAAGAUAUGGAAAAUAUGAGUGAUGAUGAUGGCUGGGAAUUUGUAAAUUUAGGAGAUCAACAGAGUUUCGGUAUUAAGACAGCAGGUCUCGAAGAAAAAGCAACUGCAUGCCAGAUGUUGGUCUGUUAUGCCAAAGAAUUGAAAGAAGGAUUUGUGGAGUACACUGAACAAGUUGUGAAGCUAAUGGUUCCUUUGCUGAAGUUCUACUUCCAUGAUGGGGUUCGUGUGGCAGCUGCAGAAUCAAUGCCUUUACUUCUGGAAUGUGCAAGAGUUCGUGGCCCAGAGUAUCUCACCCAGAUGUGGCAUUUUAUGUGUGAUGCUCUUAUCAAGGCUAUAGGAACAGAACCUGACUCAGAUGUUCUAUCAGAAAUCAUGCAUUCUUUUGCCAAGUGUAUUGAAGUAAUGGGAGAUGGCUGCCUAAACAAUGAACAUUUUGAAGAACUUGGAGGAAUUUUGAAAGGAAAAUUAGAAGAGCACUUUAAGAAUCAAGAACUAAGACAAGUGAAAAGGCAAGAUGAAGACUAUGAUGAACAAGUUGAGGAGUCCUUGCAAGAUGAACAUGACAGUGAUGUCUACAUUUUGACUAAAGUUUCAGAUAUUUUGCACUCAAUAUUCAGUAGCUACAAAGCAAACGUGUUACCAUGGUUUGAACAGCUGUUGCCACAAAUUGUCAACUUAAUUUGUCCACAUAGGCCAUGGCCUGACAGGCAAUGGGGUUUGUGCAUUUUUGAUGAUGUCAUAGAACACUGCAGUCCAUCCUCAUUCAAAUACGCAGAAUACUUCUUGAGACCUAUGCUACAGUCUGUGUGCGAUAACAGUCCAGAAGUUAGGCAAGCAGCUGCAUAUGGUAUUGGAGUUAUGGCACAGUUUGGUGGGGACAACUAUCGGCCUUUCUGUACAGAGGCACUUCCAUUGCUGGUACAAGUAAUUCAGUCAGCAGAGGCCAAAACCAAAGAAAAUAUCAACGCAACAGAAAACUGCAUUUCAGCAGUGGGGAAAAUCAUGAAGUUCAAACCUGACUGUAUAAAUGUUGAAGAAGUUCUGCCUCAUUGGUUAUCAUGGCUUCCUCUUCAUGAAGACAAAGAGGAAGCUGUCCAUACAUUCAAUUACUUGUGUGACUUAAUAGAGAGUAAUAAUCCCAUUGUCCUGGGUCCCAACAACACUAAUCUGCCCAAAAUAUUUGGUAUAAUUGCGGACGGUGAAAUUAGUGAAGCAAUCAAGAAAGGAGAUCCAUGUACCAAACGACUGGCAAAUGUAGUUCGACAAGUACAGACUUCUGGAGGCUUGUGGACAGAAUGCAUAUCUCAGCUAAAUGCAGAACAGAAGGCAGCCAUACAGGAGCUCCUGAACUCUCCAUAAAGGGCCUUAAUUAUCAUCCACAAAAACUCCAAAUAAACAUUUACCCUUCGGUUUAGGUUUCUUUGUUUUGUUUCUAAGAGAAAACUGCAGUGCAUGUAAGUCAUUCUGCAACCUACAUGCUGUAGCAGCAGGAAGAAACGGUUACAGAUGGUGUUGCUAAGAAUUUCUACCCCAUCAGCACAGACGCAAUUCCUUAUAAAUCCUACAAUAGCACUGAAGAGUAUUUUUGUAAUGGUAUGAACCAACUGUAUGGCAGUGAAAGGGAAACAAGUUGAAAUUUCUUUUUAAGGAUAAACUGAUUGAGACAGCUUUAAAGCAGGUAUUUCGUAGGCACCCAUUAUAAAACAGAUUACAUGCAUUUUUACCCUCUAGUGUUGAAACAUAUUGGAGUGAGUAUUUUUGUAGGGUAGAAAACUUCCUUCUGCCCACCCAUCCAAUAGAUUAAGGAUCUAUAAAUUGAAGGCACCAUCAAGCAUGAAGACUUCAUUGAUAUCGAAUUCAGUUUUCUGAACCAGGCUUGUAUAGUGGCUCAAGAAAACCAUUGAGUUCUCAGCCUUGAAUGUGAAGUGUCUGGCAUGUCUGACGGUAUCUCAUCCACUCCCUCAAUAAAUGACAUUGAAUACA